CCUGCCCGCCCCCUUAUGGAGCUGCUGUGCGUGGAACCCGCGGCCCGCGCCCCCCGCGCCGGGCGGGACCCGCAUCUGCUGGGGGACCGGCGGGUGCUGCAGAACCUGCUGAGCCUGGAGGAGCGCUACAGCCCCCGCGUGUCCUACUUCCAGUGCGUGCAGAGGGACAUCCAGCCCUACAUGAGGAAGAUGUUGGCCUUCUGGAUGCUGGAGGUGUGCGAGGAGCAGAAGUGUGAGGAGGAGGUGUUCCCGCUGGCCAUGAACUACGUGGAUCGCUUCCUGGCCUCGGUGGCCGUGCACAAGAACCACCUGCAGCUGCUGGGGGCCGUGUGCAUGCUGCUGGCCUCCAAGCUGAGGGAGACCAUGCCCCUGACCGUGGAGAAGCUCUGCAUCUACACCGACAACUCCAUCACGCCCCAGGAGCUGCUGCACUGGGAGCUGCUGGUGCUGGAGAAGCUCAAGUGGGACCUGGUGUCGGUGAUCGCCAACGAUUUCCUGCCGCACAUCCUGCACCGGCUGCCGCUGCCCGCCGACAAGGUGGAGCUGGUCAAGAAGCACGCGCAGACCUUCAUCGCCCUCUGCGCCACAGACUGCACGUUCGUCAUGUACCCGCCGUCCAUGAUCGCCACCGGCAGCAUCGGCGCCGCCGCGCACGGCCUGGGGCUGCCGGGCAGCGGAGAGGCCCUCACCGAGCUGCUGGCCAGGACCACGGGCACCGAGCUGGACUGCCUGAAGGCGUGCCAGGAGCAGAUCGAGGCGGCCUUGGCCGAGAGCCUCAAGCAGGCGUCCCAGCCGCAGCAGGAGCUCAGCUCCAAGGCGGCGCCGUACGCGGGCACCCAGCCCGUGCCCACCAGCACCCCCACGGAUGUCACCGACGUCAACCUGUGACCAAGGAGCCUUUGGCCAGAGCUCCAGCCCCUCCCUGGACACCCCCAGCUCGCCGCACGCCCCCUGCCCACCCGGGAGCCUGGAGGGGGAGUUGGAAUCGUUUCUGUGUUGGUGUUCCCCGGGUUCCUCACGGCCACUUCCAGCCCCCGUGAGGGACGGAAAUGGCAGAGCCGCCCCAGUCCUGGUGACCCCCGGCUGCCGUGGGGCUCGGGGAGCAGCUGCUUGGUCCUCAUUGCUUCGUGCCCACAGCUCCAGGGGACGCCGUGCAGCUGCUUGUGCUUGGGGAGGAGCCGUGGGGCUUGUUUGGGUUUUUUGCUGUUGGAUGUGGGAGUUUUGGGGGACGCGCCUCGGGAGGAGCUCGGGGUCCCCCCUCGGCUGCUUAAUUUAUUGUUCACUGCUGGGAAAAGGGGAGGGAGGAGAGCUGGAAUCGCUCAGGGUGCUGGGUGCUGCUCUCCUCUCCUCCCCAGCAAAGUGCCUUCACCCCUCUCUCCCUUCCCUGGCUCCCUGGGCAGCGGCAGACUCUCCUCAGCAGAGCUGCCUUUGGUAGCUUAGGCAUCAGACUAGGAUUCAAGGAAAACCUCUGAACGUGCUGCUAUGGUCUGGGAUGCAUCUCCACUCUUCCAAGGCAGGGAUUUCAGAUCGUGCUCAGGAGGGAGCUGCGUCCGAUCCACGUGGAUCUGGAGCUGCCUCCUGACAGGGUGGGAAACUUUGCUGCGCACUUGAGUUGGGAAAGCAAUUACCGCAUUUUUGUAUCGUUGUUGUUGACUCCUCGUUAGGUUUUUUUUUAUAAAAAUUGUUGUAAAACAGAAAAAAAAAAAAAAAAGAAAAAAAAAGGAAAAAAAAAUAUAAUGCUGCUUUUCUAUAAGAAAUCCAGAGUGGAAUUAGCCAGGAGAAGCCAGAGACUCCACAGGGAUGGGAAGCAGAAUCUGCUGCUGCUCCCUGGGGACAUCUGGACCUGUGGCUGUUGUCCUCCCGCGGGGGAUGUGUGGAAAAGGAGGUCGAGAUCUUCCUUUUGGAUGGCACCAAGCCCACAAAAAUCCGGCGGAAAAAGGUGGGGCUGCUGCUCCUCCCUGAGCCUGCCUGGCCCGGAAACCCACGGAGCCGCUGCCUCCUGCGAGCAGGAGGGCUGGGACAGGGCCUGCCUG